ACAACAGUGACAUCUAGUGGCCGUUUGGACGAACUGUUCCAUCCACCACUACAUACGUGUCUUCCGACCGUGAAAGCGCUUCCAGACUCCAGCUUCCUUCCUCUCUCCCGCAGAUACAGAAGUGGCAAAUUACUGACUGAGGCAGAGUCAGUCAUGGGGGAAGUCAUCUUGCCACGCCGCAUGUUCCUCUGGUGCAUGGCGGUCAUCUACAUGACUGCUUUUGUCUCCCUGUACGUGCAGAUACCAGGUCUCUAUGGGAAUGAGGGGCUGCUGCCUGCCCGCUGGCAGCUGCGCUACAGCGGGAAGCCGCUGCUGGAGCAGCUGCUGUCCUCUCCCACCCUGCUGUGGCUCGGACCCCGGCUCGGCCUGGACACCCACACCGCCAUGGAGCUGCUGUGCCUCGUGGGAGCCGCUCUCAGCCUCGCCGCCACGUUGUUCGAGGCUCUCCGACACAGCCUGGUGUUCUUCUGCCUAUGGGCGCUGUACCUCUCCCUGUACCAGGUGGGGCAGGUUUUUCUCUACUUCCAGUGGGAUAACCUUCUGCUGGAGACGGGGUUCCUCUGCAUCCUCGUGGCUCCCCUGACGUCUCUUAGCGGGUCGCGAGUGUUUAAGGAACACGAUCGAGUGACUUUCUGGCUGGUUCGAUGGCUGCUCUUCAGACUGAUGUUCGCCUCUGGCGUGGUCAAACUCACAUCCCGAUGUCCUACAUGGUGGGGCCUCACAGCUUUGACGUAUCACUAUGAAACUCAGUGCAUCCCGACCCCCCUGGCCUGGUUUGCCCACCAGUUGCCGGUUUGGUGGCAGAAGCUGAGUGUGGUGGCGACUUUUGUCAUAGAGAUCGCUGUUCCUGUGCUGUUCUUCAGUCCACUACGCAGGCUGAGACUUGGAGCCUUUUAUUUGCAGGUGCUCCUUCAAGUUCUCAUCAUUUUGUCUGGAAACUACAACUUCUUCAACCUGCUGACGCUGACCCUGUGCCUGUCUCUGCUGGACGAUCAGCAUGUGUAUUUCUGGCUCCGUAGAGGAGACAGACUGAAGGAAGAGAGCAACGAUUCAAAGCUGCAGGCGUGGCUGUGUUACCUGCUGGAGUUGGCGGUCUGGUCUCUCAUCAUCUUUGGGACAAUCGUUUGUUUCGACUUGCAGGUGGAUCCAACCAAGAACCAUGUCUUAUCCCGCACAGCGUUCACGUUCCACCAGUUUAACCAGUUUCUGAAGAGCGUCACCAUCCCCUGUGUCUGGAUCGGGGUCCUCUCUCUCACCUGGGAGAUGGUCGCCGCCAUGUUCAGGUGUGCGUGCGUCUCCGGCUUCCUGAGGAGGUUUUGGAGGACGAUCCAGUGGACAUUGGUAGCUGCUGCGACUGCUUCUGUGUUUUCCAUCAGUCUGGUGCCGUUCACUUACAUUGAGUACGACUCCAACUCCAGGAUCUGGCCUGGAGUGCGUCAAGCCUACGAGUUGGUGGAUCGCUACCAGUUGGUCAAUUCCUACGGCCUGUUCAGAAGAAUGACCGGAGUUGGUGGGAGGCCAGAAGUGGUCAUCGAGGGAAGCAGCAACGGAGUCACGUGGACGGAAAUCGAGUUCAUGUACAAGCCGGGGAACAUGACCGCGCCUCCUCCAGUGGUGACCCCUCAUCAGCCCCGACUCGACUGGCAAAUGUGGUUUGCAGCUCUGGGGCCUCACACUCAGUCUCCGUGGUUCACCAGCCUGGUGUACAGACUGCUGCAAGGAAAAAGAGACGUGAUCGAGCUGAUCCAGACGGACGUGACCAAGUAUCCGUUUCACCUGCAGCCUCCCGCCUACGUCCGAGCCCACCGCUACAGAUACUGGUUUACUGAACCGAAGGCUGACGGAUCUUACCCACAGCGUUGGUGGAGGAGAGUCUAUGAUGAGGAGUUCUAUCCCACAGUGCACCUGGGCAACACCUAUCUGGACAGCAUGCUCAACCAGUAUGGACUUAAGGACAAAUCCUCUUCUCGCCGUCUGUCUAACUCGACCGUUGCCCAGGCUGUGAGGUGGGUGCGCCCUCAAGUCAGAGGCGUUCCCGCUCACACGCUCAUCUGGACCCUCAUAGCCUGCAGUGCCACCUUCUGUCUGCUUCAGGGACUGCGAAACAGAAACCAAAGAGUUUCUGUGGUUCAUCCUGACACUACCAACAAACCUCACAGGUUAGAGGAUGCAGAUGUAUUUUCAGAGGAUCAUAAGAAAACUGAACAAGCAGAAGAUGAGGAGGAGGAGGAUGUGAGCAGUGAUGAAGAUGUAGAAGAGGAGGUUGAAGAGGAGGAGAACGACCCUGUAGAUGUUAAUAACGAGGAAGAAGAUGAGGUAGAAGAGGACGAGCUGGUUGAUGAAAGUUUUUAAAAGAUUUAAGAAAUACCAGCUAUUUUAAAACCAAAGUGUUUCCUCAUCAGAGACCUUUCUGGCUUUUUGCACAGCUAUACUAACUUACACCUCAUGUCUUCUAUCCUCUGAACUAAAAUCAGGACUUUCUCUGUUGCUUUGAACACUGAAAACCCGCAAUGAACUAAAGAAAGCAGAACAUUGAGGUUGUAGAUCCACUGUUUUGACCUGGUUGUGAUGGGUUUGUACACUAUCAGGUGUUUUGCUGUACUGAACUAAAAUGUAAGCACUUUUAUUUUCUACAAAUGUUAAAGAUUUAGAAAAGAAAAACCACAGACUGUAUUUUUUUUUAAAUUUUGUAAUAAUAAAAUAAAAAUUCUUUCCAUCUUG